AUGCACCAUUUGGGGGAGAUCACCUUGCCACAUGAUAUAUGCCAUCCACCCAUCAUCAAUACCCAGAUAUCACAGCCUUUGUGUGAUACUGUCACGGGUGACUGCACAACCGAUGCGCAUUCCGAAUCAAACAAGUCGCCAUCCCGUCAAGAGGAAAUUGCUGUCUGUCGUGCGGUGCUCCCUCCUGGGAGAAGUGGACGUCAUGCUACAUUCACUAUUCCAUCACAGGGAUGCCGACACGUGGACGACGCUGCGGCGGUGAGUGAUGAUAGUGAAGAUGAAUUUGUGUAUAUGCUUCAAAAUGCCAAAAGCACCACUCAGGCAAUUGAAAUGAUCCGCAGGAUUCAGCGCACACGUCACUUUACAGAGAUCGCGUCCUCCUCUCGUGCAUGUAACUCCUACUCUAUGGAUUCAAAUGAAAAAAUCAAGAGGUCAGCCUAUCCCGCGUCACAAUGUUCUCGUUUCGGUGAAAGUCUAAAACGAAAAGAUCGAAAAGCUGUCGAGCUUCCUGAAACCAUCCUUGAUUUUCAGACUGCCCCAGCCUACACCGUAUCGUUAACAGCUUCCCGCGACGCCGUCUUCGAGGAUGCCCUCUCAGGGUUUCGUUCGUAUUUAGAACUGGAGGAUCGAAGAAUGGAAGCAUAUCAUUCGUAUCGUCUACGUAGAAGCGCACAGGACCGAGGUCUACCAAUACGCUACGAACGGACGUUUAACACCCAAAAUGGCAUACCGUGUGUAUCAGCUGUCCCUAUUUAUUCCUCAGAGAGUGACAAAGUUCAUACCCUGGAAAAGCCAACACAAAAUCCCUUAAGUUCACUUUACUCUGAGACUUCUAGGCAAACCCAGAAAUGUCACGUGACAUCAUCAGAUUUCCUUUUAAGUACCCUUAGUGAUGAUCAUGGACAAAAAAAGGAAGGCACACAUACGGCUUCUAAAGCUACGACACCCUUAGACGAUGAAACCCAGUGCUCACCUCUUUUGCGUCAACAAAAAGAGAAGUUAUCAACCAGUUGCGUCCAACACCAUCUUGCGAACAAGAAAGAGGAAGUUGCAUGCUUGAAGAAUGAUACUCAUGGAGAUCUUCUACUUGGGAAACCCAAUGAAAUGCAAAACGAAAUAAAUGAUCCCCAACACAACAAACUAAACAAAGAAAUGAGAAACGCUAACGAUGAGGAUGAACAAUAUUGGGUAGACUUUGUCGAUCAAGAAUAUCUGCGGAUGCAAGCACCACAACUAUUUCAACAUCGCUAUCCGUUGGAACUUCAGAUUCCUGCUGAAUCGAGAAAACGCGCUUCAGCUCUCCGCACAGCAUUAUACUCUUUGCGAUCGUAUUCAACUCACCAAUAUCAUGGCGGUAGUAGUCAUUUCCAUGUGAAUAUCCACCCGGGAGGAGAACAUAUUGACGAAGGUGGACAUAUAACCAAUCCUUUCAACAAGGUUCGCAGGGAAUGGAUCUAUGUUUGGGAACAGUUCAAGCGCGACAUCCAUCGCGAAGUUCUGCUCAUCGAGACGACAAACUAUCGCGAUCCCAAACAGGCGAUGACGGCCAUCAUUAACUACCUGGAGCACUGUUACAACUGUGGUCAGGCUGUAUAUCAGAAGCGCAAGGCAGAAGAAGAAGCGGAAAUGCUUGCGCGUGAGGCGCAGCGUAACGAAAAGGGGGAGCGAUUUUUCAGCUUCCUGCUCAGAGAGGGUGCGGCGGUAAUUAAGGAAACUGUUGAAAACGCGCAAAAGACGCUGUCGGACCUUCUGUCCGUCACGGGUGCGGAUCUUGCGUCCCGGCGUCCCAACGUCGUCUACUCAGAGGAUCCACUCAUAAGGGCCGUGAAAAUCUUCGACGCGGCUCGUGAAGUGAUCCUGGCCUCGCAGCAAUCCUUCAUAGGCUUCCCCUACCAGCUUCUCUGCGAACAGCUUGGUACGGCACGGUUGCCUCUGGCUCUUGAUGAAUUUACGCAGGAGUGGGGGGUCAAGGAGGAGGAGGAAGAGGAAGGGUCGAUCCCUUUCAUGCCCCUGCCCGAGUCGGCUGGCUUGCCGUACCUGAACAGAGACGCAGAGCGGUUCGGUGAUGCGAAUGAACCCGCUUCGGAAGCGAUUAGCACGACAGACGACUCACCCAGUAGAAAGAGCAGCGACAAUGCAUCCAAUAAAAAUGCACAGCAAAGGGAAAUGCAAAGGCGGGAUCGGGAGCUCCGGCGCCGCCAAAUACGGGAGGAGCAGAUGAAGCGACUUCCUCUUUUGGUAGGGGAACCUCGUCCGACUGAGUUCAAGGCUUUCCUGGGUCAUGUACGGUCACGUGUUGCUUGCAUGAAAUUAAGAAACACUCGUUAUGAAGAGCAAGAUGGAAAAGGUAAUAACGAAGUGUCAAACAGUGGAAGCGUCGUAGCCGACUCAGUCGCUAAUGAGGAUAAUCUAAAGGAGCCUUGGUUCACGCAUAAUUUACAAGAAGGGAAAGACGAUUCUAAGAGCAAUUUGUUUAGGGAAGAUAUAGGAGGCUCUGUCUAUCUUAUUCCUAUAGAUCGUGACACAGAUGUACAAAGCGACACCGUAGACGAGCCCAAUGAAACUGAACCUAAAGAGUCUGUUGAACAAGGCGUGCGAAUUCAUUUGUACUUCCAUAACUUACGUAAUGUGCCAGUAGUAUGCGUCACUAAACUCUUCCGUAUCCUUACUGUACCAGGUUUUGAAUCGUCAAAUAUGGCAUCAAAUGAAUCCUACAAGGAUGGAAACCAGAUAAGUUUUGAUUGUUCCCAAUUUCAUGAAGCUAAGGAAAGGAAACCAAACAGGAACGUAUCUUGUAAUGAACAUCAAAAUCCUGCAUUGUCAUCAGCUACACAAUGUAAGCAGGAAAAAGGUGAAGAAAAGAGUUUGCUGAUUCUGAUUCAAGUACAAUUCUCGCUUUUUACAGACGAAGAGGCGGAAGUUCGAUGGAAAUGGCACCAUGUGUAG